AUGUCUGUUAAAAAACAAAAUAUUUCUGAACAAACUACUUCUAAUAAAAAUAUUAUCAAUAAUGAAACAAUGAAUGAAAAUUUUGAUAAUACUAAAGUUAUUUGUCAAGAACCUUCUAUUUCUAAAAUUUUGAAAGAAAAAACUCCUAAUAUCGCAAAACUUUUUAAAAAAAAUCCAAUUGCUACAUUAAAAUUUUUAACUGCUAUAGGAAAAAAACAUACUUCUAAUUUAAACUUUGAAAUCUCUGAAGAAACUCCGAAAGAUUUAUUUUUUGAAAAUCUUAAUAAUAAUGAUGACAAUCAAUUAUUAAAUUCGAUUAAUGUAAAUGUUUCUAAAAAAUUUGAUGAAUGUUAUGAUAAUACAGAAAAAAAUUUUGAAAUUAAUAUGAGCAACUUUAUUGAAAAUGAAGAAAAUUAUGUUAUCUGGAAACUAGAGAAUACUGAAUAUGAUGAAGCACUUGAAUCUUUUGGUGAUAUAGAUGAAAUUCAUUUUGAAAAUUUAAUAGAAUACUCAUUUAUUUUUGUUGCAAAAAAACAUGCUGAAAAUAUUUCUCUAACAAAUGAAUUUGAUAAAAAUACUGAAGUCAAAGGAUUUUACUAUCAUGAUACCCAAUAUUAUAAUAAAAAAACAGAAAAUGAAACAAUUAGUGGACAGGCACAAAAAUAUGCAGAAUAUCUUGCAAGAAAUAAAAUUUAUGAUCAUAUUCCUAGCGCACGAAAAAAAAUUAAAGGAAUGUACUGGUUAGAAAAUCUUGGCUGUCAACAUGAAACAGAAGAACAAGCAAUCAAAAGUUGGAUGAAUUCCUCUGGACAUAAAAGACAAAUUAUUAGUAAAGAUUAUAUUUAUUUUGGAGCUGGAUUUGCUAAAGAUAUUUGGGUACAAGCUUUUGGAAUGAAAAAACUAAAUAUUUUUUAA